GUUUCCACGCUGAGUGUGUGAGUAGAAGGAGCCGCUGGUUUCCGCUCCGCUGAUGGUGAAUCGCUGCUUCCUGCGGUAUCGGGAGGAGGUUUAGAUCCCGCAGUGGAAGCGCAGCGGUACCUCGGGAUUCAGCUUUAACGUUUUCUCGUCGAGUCACGUCCACGAAGGAGCUACUGAAGGAGGAGGGAAGGCAGGAAGGGAAGAUAGCAGGAAGAUGGCGGCGGCGGCCUCGCCAGGCUCGCCGGACUGGGUCGUGCUGAGAGACGGCUGCCUGCGCUGCGAUGAGGAGGGCCUACGGAGUCUGUCCUACCACCCGGCCCUCAACGCCAUCCUGGCCGUCACCAGCCGGGGCAGCAUCAAAGUUAUCGACGGCACCUCCGGGGCUAUUUUACAGGCCUCGGCUAUGCACGCUAAACCUGGGGGCCGGGUGAGGUGUCAGUACUUCCCAGCCGUGGAUAAGGUGCUGUUUGUGGACGAUUAUGCUGUUGGCUGUAGGAAGGACUUGAAUGGGAUUCUUCUUUUGGACACUGCUCUCCAGGCUCCUGUGUCCAAGCCAGAAGACAUGGUGCAGCUGGAGCUGCCUGUUACUGAGGCCCAGCAGAUGUUGUAUGCAUGUAUGGAGAAGGUGGAUGUUUCCAACACAGAGGGCUACGAUCUCUUUCUCACCCAGCUCAAAGAAGACCUGGAGAAUACCUCACAUGAGACGGCGGCCAAUCACAAAGUGGCAAAGUGGGCAACCGUGACCUUCCAUCUCCCUCAUCACGUGCUAAAGGUGGUAACGAGUGCCAUCGUGAAUGAGUUGAAAAAGUUGAAUCAGAAUGUUGCAGCCCUGACGGUCGCCUCUUCGGUCAUGGACAGACUCUCCUACCUCUUACCAAGUGGCAGGCCAGAGCUGGGUGUUGGACCUGGACGCUCUGUAGACAGGUCUUUGAUGUACAGUGAAGCUAACAGGAGAGAGACGUUCACAUCCUGGCCUCAUACUGGCUAUAGGUGGGCUCAGCCUGAUCCCAUGUCCCAGGCAGGCUUUUAUCACCAGCCUGCAUCCACAGGUGAUGACCGGGCCAUGUGCUUCACCUGCAGCGUGUGUUUAGUGUGCUGGGAACCUACAGAUGAGCCCUGGUCUGAGCAUGAGCGCCACUCGCCCAACUGUCCGUUCGUGAAAGGGGAGCACACCCAAAACGUUCCGCUAUUCGUCACCUUGGCCACCUGCCCAGCCCAGUUUCCCAGUGCAGAUGGUUCGGAUAAAAUCGUGUGCUAUGGGUUUGGUAGCUGCCCUCAUUUCCUUGCUACGGCAACCAAAAGGGGGAAGAUUUGCAUCUGGGAUGUUUCGAAGCUUAUGAAGGUGCAUUUAAAGUUUGAGGUGAACCCAUAUGACCCAGCCAUCUUGAGGCAGCUGAUCCUGUCCGGCAGUGAGCAGCAGAGUCUCACAGGCACAGAAUCACGAAGGCCCACACUCUCCUGGCUAGAGGAGGCCACCUGCUGCUCUGACUUACCCAAACUAGAGGGGGACAGUGAUGACCAGAUAGAGGACUCGGACAGUGAAGAGCAUUCCAGAUCAGAGUCGGUCACAGGCCCACUGGGUCAGAAAGAGACAAUGGAGGUGAGUUUGGGAGUCACGGCUCUCAGUGUCCUACAGCAGCCUGAGAAGUUGCAGUGGGAGGUGGUGGCCAGUGUGCUGGAGGACACAGUUAAAGACCUGGAGGAGCUGGGGGCCAACCCCCCACACUCACUGGGCCCCCCAAAAGCCGACAAGGCUAAGGAGAGGCCAGCCGAGCACCACAACAUUCCCUUCCCCUGCCUGCUGGCCGGCGGACUGCUAAGCUACAGGUCAGCAGCUAGUUCUCCACUAGGUCCCCCUCCGUCUCGACGCUCCAUGGAUAGCCCAGUAAGGACUGCUGCCCCUGAGGGGCUUGCUCCGGACCAGGGUCCCAUGGAGAUCGGGUCCUGUAAUCUCCCCACAGACCUGGGCUCCCCAAACCUACCACCAGUCACCCCUGUGCAUAGGACUAUGCCUGUACUACUCCUGUACAGCAUCAAGGAAGCAGAUGAGAAGUCUUCAGGGAAGGUGUUCACCCAGAUGAACAACCUGAUGAGCAAAGGGCUUCACGAGGAGGGCUUCACUGUCCCGCAGAUUAUCGAGAUGGAGUUUGACUCGCAUGAGCAGCUGCUGCUGCAGGACCCUCCCAUCACAUAUAUCCAGCAGUUUGCGGAUGCGGCAGCUGGGCUCGGACCUCUGGAUGGGGAAAAGUGGAGCUCUCUGGCUCCACGGCCGGGCUCUCUGGUGCAGUGCUUGCGGUUGCCAAAAGCAUUGGAGGAAGAGAACCUGUACGUUGACUCCAUCACGCCCUGCAGCGAUGGAUUACACUUGUUAGUUGGUCUUCAACCGUGCUCCGUAGAGUCCCUUAGCGCUAUCAAUCAAGUGGAGGUGUUAAACACACUUAACCGUCUGCAUUCGGCCCUCUGUGGCCAUCGCAAAGGACAGACACUGGCCAAUGGCCAUGACGCCCACUCGGGCACCUCUCCUCCACAGACCCCUCUCAUCCUGCCCCCUCAUGACCAGCAGCAGCCCCAUACUUCCAGACCUCUAGGGGCCAGUGGUGGUGGCGGAUACCUUGCACUCUACAAGUUGAAUUACUCCACCCGCAUUGUGACACUGGAGGAAGAACCAGUGAAGGUGCAGCAGAUUCGUGACCCAAGGGAUGCUGUCACGUCUCUCCUCCUCCUGCCGCCAGAUGUGCUGGAUGGCAGAGAGGAUGAUGGAGAGGAAACGUCUGAGUCGACGACACCUUCAGGGCUCAAAAAUGGCACGGGGAUGGUUGCAUCUGCAGUGACAGCUGGCCCAAGCAUGGGAACUGCCGCUGGGAAGGAGAAGAGAGGAGAGGUGGCCGGACUUGGACACCUGGUGGUGACUACACAGGCGGGUUACAUCAUGAUUCUAGACUUGUCCACCCUAGAGGUGCUGGCCAAGGUGGAGCCACCCAAGAAAGAGGGGACAGAGGAGGUGGACCCCUUCGUCUCUGUUACCUACUGCUCAGGCACUGACCGGCUGUGUGCCUGCACAAAAGGUGGAGAGCUUCAUUUCCUUCAAAUUGGAGGUGUGUGUGAUGAUAUCGAUGACGCCGACAUUUUUGUUGACGGCCCCCUGUCUAAUAGGGCAGAGCAACUACUGGACGGAGCAAAGCCCACAUCAAAUCCUUCAAGCCCAGGUAUCACAGGAGUUGACCUCCUAGUGGACCAGCCAUUGACCGUAGAGAGACUUUCAUCUCUGGUGGAACUAACACGUUUUGAAACGCUGACGCCACGCUUCUCGGCAACAGUGCCCCCUUGCUGGGUGGAGGUGCAGCAAGAACAGCAGCAAAGGCGGCAUCCGCAACACCUUCACCAGCAGCACCACGGCGAUGCUGCACAACACACACGCACCUGGAAACUACAGAGUGACAGCUCCAGCUGGGACGAGCACGUGUUCGAGCUGGUCUUGCCCAAAGCCUGCAUGGUUGGACAUGUGGACUUCAAGUUUGUGCUAAACAGCAGUAUUACUAACAUCCCACAAAUCCAGGUCACACUGCUGAAGAACAAAGCACCAGGCCUGGGCAAAGUGAAUGAGACAGCAGUGGACAGGCAGAUUGUUUUCCCCUUGUCUCAUGUCCUGCACUCAAAUGGAGAGAAGAAUGGACAAUCUCACCUGCACGAUUUCUCAGAGGACAUCCAGUUCAUGGACAUCGAGGAGGCGCCAGGCUCCAGGCUGUGUCCGUUCCUGCAGGAGCACAAAGAUGAUAUCUUGUGUGGGCCGGUGUGGUUGUCCAGUGGACUGGAUCUGUCUGGACACGCAGGGAUGCUGAGUCUUACAAGUCCCAAACUCCUCAAAGGCAUGGCAGGGGGAAAAUAUCGUUCGUUCUUGGUGCACAUUAAAGCAGUGAAUGAUAAAGGUCUGGAUGAGAGCUUGAGGCCGGUGGUGCGGAUGCCCUCAGCCAAACCUCAGAGUAGUAAAGCUCACUCGCUCUCAUCCCUGCUGCAGAGGGCUCAGGCCACAAAGGAAAAGGCCUCCACGUCUAAAGCUGAUCCUCAGUCUACCCCUAAAAAGCCUGAUAACCUGCGGGGCUGUGACUUGCUCCAGGAAGUGUCUGUCACAAUUAGGAGAUUUAGGAAAACGUCUGUACCAAAAGAACGAGUGCAACGCUGUGCAAUGCUUCAGUUUCCUGAGCUCCAUGAAAAGCUGCUAAGAGGUUUGUGUAAGCAUGGAGAAGACGGACAGAGUUCAGAACACUGUCAGAGUCUCAUUUUAGACAUCCUCUGCUGGCUGGCAGGGGUUUACUCCAACGGACCCUGCAGUUUGAGAGAGGGGAAGGAGGGGCUUUUGACUAAAACUAGGAGACGGCUGACAGACAUCAUCAGGGCAUGUUUCUUUGAGGCUGGACGCAGUAUAGCUCAUAAAUGCUCUCGCUUUCUUGCACUUUGCAUUAGUACCGGUAAAGGAGACCCCGGUCAGCAGGGUUUUGGCCAGGCUCUGUUUAAAGCUCUUCUGGAUAAUAUGCCUUAUUUGCCUGCUGCUGCCACAGGAGGAUCUGUCUUUUGGUACUUUGUCCUGUUAAAUUAUGUGAAAGAUGAGGACCUGGCCGGCUGCAGUACUGCUUGCGCCUCUCUGCUCACUGCUGUCUCUCGGCAGCUGCAGGACCGCCUGACUCCACUUGAGGCGCUGUUGCAGACCAGAUAUGGUCUGUAUGGGUCUCCAUUUGACCCAGUACUGUUUGACCUGGAGGUGAGCGGGUCUUCCUGUAAGAAUGCCUACAACAGCAGCAUUGGGGUCCAGUCGGAUGAGAUUGACUUGUCCGAUAUUCUCUCAGGUAAUGGGAAGGUAAACAGCAGUGGGGCGGCAGAGGGCAGUUUUACUGCUCUAACCGGCCUGCUGGAGGUCGAACCCCUGCACUUUACUUGCGUCUCCACCAGUGAUGGCACCAGGGUGGAGAGGGAUGAUGCAAGUAUGUUCACCGUGAGCACCUUUGGCGUGACACCCACAAUGACAGGGCUGUCUGCCGGGACGGUUGGCGAGGCGUCAACGGCCCUUAGCUCAGCUGCACAGGUGGCCCUGCAGUCUCUGUCUCAUGCAAUGGUGUCUGCCGAACAGCAGCUUCAAGUUCUUCAGGAGAAGCAGCAACAGCUUCUAAAACUCCAGCAGCAGAAGGCAAAGCUGGAGGCCAAACUUCACCAAACCACCUCAGCGGCAGCCACCGCAGCAUCAGGCAUUGUCAACUCUGUGCCAUCCAACCCGUCCUCUGCCCCAGGCUUCUUCAUCCACCCCUCUGACGUCAUCCCGCCCACCCCUAAAACUACACCGCUGUUCAUGACGCCUCCUCUCACCCCACCGAAUGAGGCAGUGUCUGCGGCUAUUAGUGUGGAACUGGCUCAGCUCUUCCCAGGAUCUGUCAUUGAUCCUCCACCUGUGAACCUUUCAGCACAGAAUAAAAACGCACAGAAAGCCAAAUCAAACCCCAUAGGAAGUGGCCUGGCAUUGGCAAUCUCACAGGCCUCUCACUUUCUACAACCUCCACCACACCAGUCCAUAAUAAUCGAACGAAUGCAUUCAGGUGCAAGACGGUUUGUGACUCUAGAUUUCGGCCGACCGGUGUUGCUGACGGAUGCACUAAUCCCCACAUGUGCUGACUUGGCCUCCCUUUCCAUCGACAUUUGGAAUCUUGGGGAGGAGGUGGAUGGGAGGCGACUCGUGGUCGCCACAGAUAUCAGCACACACUCGCUGAUUCUGCAUGACUUGCUGCCACCUCCCGUCUGCAGAUUCAUGAAGAUCACUGUGAUUGGUCGAUAUGGCAGCACUAAUGCCCGGGCUAAAAUCCCAUUGGGUUUUUAUUAUGGCCACACCUAUAUCCUGCCAUGGGAAAGUGAACUGAAGCUGAUGCAUGAUCCUCUGAGGGGAGAGAGCGAAGCUGCCUGUCAGCCAGAUCUGGAUCAACAUUUGUCAAUGAUGGUGGCCCUACAGGAAGACAUUCAGUGCAGGUAUAAUCUGGCCUGUCAUCGACUUGAGACACUACUUCAGAACAUCGACCUGCCACCUCUUAACAGUGCUAAUAAUGCACAGUACUUCCUGCGCAAGCCCGAUAAAGCCGUUGAGGAGGAUUCCCGUGUUUUCUCUGCCUACCAAGACUGCAUUCAGCUCCAGCUGCAGCUCAACCUGGCGCACCACGCUGUCCAGAGGUUGCGUGUGUCUCUGGGAGCCACCCGGAAACACCUGCCCGAGAACUACGACCCCAGAGAGCUGGUCCAGAACUCUUCUACCGAGCAGCUCAGAACUAUCAUCAGAUACCUGUUGGACACGCUGCUCAGCCUGCUGCACUGCUGUAAUGGUCACUCUGUGCCCUCAGUGUUGCAGAACACGUUUCACGCCCAGGCGUGUGAGGAGCUCUUUAAACAGCUGUGCAUCAGUGGAACUCCUAAGAUCCGUCUGCAUGCAGGUCUGCUGCUGGUGCAGCUGUGUGGAGGCGAGAGGUGGUGGGGCCAAUUCUUGUCCAACGUCCUGCAGGAGCUCUACAACUCCGAGCAGCUGCUCAUCUUCCCUCAGGACAGGGUAUUUAUGUUGCUGUCCUGUAUUGGCCAAAGAUCUUUGGGUAACAGUGGGGUUUUAGAGGGUUUGUUGAACCUUCUGGACACACUGUUAUCGCCUCUGCAACAGACUAGCGCAUCACAGCCCCGCAGGACAGAAGGUGUGUUGGAUAUCCCCAUGGUCAGCUGGGUGGUCAUGCUGGUCUCUCGACUACUCGACUAUGUGGCGAGUGUGGAAGAUGAAGCCACUGCAGCUAAGAAACCUCUGGGGUCUAAAGACAGAGAAAGAUCCUUUACAGGGAACCAGUGGAGUUUCAUAAACAACAGUCUGCAGUCUCAUAACCCAAGCAGAUCUGCCAAAGGCAACAACAGCAGUUUAGAUCGGCUAUAUUCGCGCAAGAUCCGCAAACAGCUAGUCCACCAUAAACAGCAGUUGAAUUUAUUGAAAGCCAAACAGAAGGCUUUAGUAGAGCAAAUUGAGAAAGAGAAAAUUCAGAGCAACAAAGGCUCCUCCUACAAGCUGCUGGUGGAACAAGCCAAACUCAAACAAGCCACAUCCAAGCACUUUAAAGAUCUGAUCCGUUUGAGACGGACAGCCGAAUGGCCACGCUCCACCUUGGACUCAGAGGCGUCAGUGGCAAAAGAGAUCCCUGAGGUGGAGCUCCUGCCCUUCACGCUAUCUCACGAGCGCUGCAUCUGCGUCGUCCAGAAGCUUGCUCUCUUCCUCCUCUCCAUGGACUUUACCUGUCACGCAGACCUGCUACUGUUUGUCUGCAAGGUAUUGGCCAGAAUAGCAAAUGCAACACGACCCACAAUCCACCUGUGUGAGGUGGUUUCAGAGCAGCAGCUGGAGAGGUUACUGCUGUUACUGGUGGGAACGGACUUCAACCGCGCGGACAUCUCAUGGGGCGGAGCCUGGGCCCAGUACUCUCUCACCUGCAUGCUGCAGGACAUUCUUACAGGAGAGCUAUUGUCUCCGGUGUGUGUGGAUGGGAUGGAGGGGGCGGGGGCUGAUGAGGCUGGGGCCGCCUCUUCCUCUGUAGUGGUGGAUUCCGAUGACUCGCUCCCCCAGCCGACCCCCAUCCCACUGGUGGAGACCAUCGAUGAGCCUCUGGGACCCGAUAUCAUCGCAGGUACACCCGGGACAUCCUCUGUGUUCCAAAGUGCUUCUCCACUGUCAUCUUUGGAAAAAGAUAAAGACAUUGACUUUGACUUGCUACAAGACUUGAUGGAUGUUGAUAUUGAUCCUUUAGAUAUUGAUUUGGAAAAAGAUCCACUCGCCGCCAAGGUUUUCAAGCCGAUCAGUAGUACCUGGUACGAUUACUGGGGUGCUGACUAUGGCUCAUACAGUUAUAACCCCUACACAGGGGGUGUGGGCAUACCUGUGUCCAAACCCCCUGCGGCUGCCACGACAGAGAAGCCUGGAUCUCAGAACCUCUCAGUGUCUGUGUCUCAGGCACUGGACGCUCGACUGGAAGUGGGAUUAGAACAGCAGGCAGAACUCAUGCUGAAGAUGAUGGCAACACUGGAGGCAGACGCAAUACUGCAGGCGCUAACGUCCACAUCUCCUUCUGUGACCCAGUCUGCAAAUGGGACAGAUGACUCUCUUUUGCGUGGAUUCCAUAGCUCUCCCCCCAGUAGCAGUCUGAUGGUACAAGCCUCUUCCAUCCCCAUGUUGAGCACCUGCUUCAACAAACUCUUCUCUUUAUUGCAAGUGCAUCAUGUUCAGUUGGAGUCUUUGCUGCAGCUGUGGUUGACUCUGAGUUUGAGUUCCUGCUCUGAGGAGAGCGGCUCAGACAUCUUCCUCUUUAAUGCCAGCAGAGUGCCCACAAUCCCCCUUAACCAAGCCUCCAUCAGCAGUUUCCUGUCAGUGCUGGCCUGGUACCCCAACACCUCUCUGAAAACAUGGUGUCUUGUACUGCACAGUCUCACCCUCAUGACUAAUAUGCCUGCUAGUGCCUCAAGCAGUGGGAUGGGUGUGCAGGAGAGCACAGCCCAGCAGAUGGUGUCUGACCCCACACUUGUGCACGUGCUUGUGCGCUUCCUAUCUGGAGGGAACCCUCAUGGCACCAGCCAACACAGCUCACAGGUCGGCCCCACUGCAACACAAGCCUUGCAGGAAUUUUUAACCAGGUUGCAGGUGCACCUGUCCUCCACAUGUCCACAGAUGUUCAGCGAAUUCCUGCUUAAACUGUUGCACAUCCUGUCAACGGAGAGGGGUCCAUUCCAGUCUGGUCAGGGUCCAUUAGAUGCACAGGUGAAGCUUUUGGAGUUCACCCUGGAACAAAACUUUGAAGUGGUUUCUGUGACCACCAUCUUGGCUGUCAUUGAAUCCGUCACCUUUCUGGUUCACCACUACAUCACUUGCUCAGAUAAGCUGGUCUCACGCAGCGGUUUGGACAGUUCUGUGGGUGCUCGUGCCUGUUUCGGGGGCCUGUUCGCCAAUAUCAUUCGCCCCGGCGAUGCGAAGGCUGUGUGUGGCGAAACCACACGAGACCAGCUGAUGUUUGACCUCCUGAAGCUGGUCAAUACUUUGGUGAUGCUGCCGCUGUCAGGUGAUCGGGAAUUCAGUGGGAGGCUGCCUCCAGCGGGUGGAGCCACUGACAGCGUGUCAGAUGAAGAAAAAGUGUGUGGAAGCAAAGAGUGUGGGGCGGCAGGCACAGCUCAGCACCAGGGACCAGCUGCGGGUGUGGCAGACCUGGUUUUGGCCAAUCAGCAGAUUAUGAGUCAGAUCUUGUCGGCAUUGGGGCAGUGCAACAGCAGUGCCAUGGCCAUGAUAAUCGAAAGCUCUGAGCCUUUACUGUGGUUUAUUUUGAGAGUGCUUGACACCAGCGAGGCUUUGAAAGCCUUCCAUGACAUGGGUGGUGUGCAGCUCAUCUGUAACAACAUGGUCACCAGCACACGAGCCAUCGUGAACACAGCACGCAGUAUGGUGUCCACUAUCAUGAAGUUCCUGGACUCUGGGCCUGGUAAAGCAGCAGAUGGCAGCCUGAAAGCACGAGUGCUUACCUCAGAACCAGACAAUGCAGAAGGACUGCACAACUUCGCCCCUCUUGGCACCAUCACCUCUAGCAGUCCCACAGCACAGCCAGCGGAAGUGCUGCUGCAGGCCACACCCCCACAUCGACGGGCCCAAGCCACUCUGAUCCAGGCUCUGCUACAGUGGGUGUACGACUCGUCCCGGGUUGCUGCCCUGAAGCAGAGUUCUCUGUCGAGCUGUGUGGGUCCGAGCGCUCCGCCCUCACGGGAAUACGGGUUGCUAAUGCCAUCCCCGUCACAUCUGCACUGCGUGGCCUCCGUCUUAUGGCAUAGUUAUGAGCUGCCCGUUGACUACGACUUGCCCGGAUUGCUCAACGGAGAGCUUUUCGAGUUGUUGUACAACUGGUCCAUGUCUUUGCCCUCUAACAUGGUUUUAAAGAAGGCUGUGGACAGCUUGCUUUGUUCCAUGUGCCAUAUCCACCCUAGUUACUUUUCUUUGCUCAUGUCCUGGAUGGGUAUAGUGGCACCCCCUGCUGCCCAGACCAAUGCACAGCGCCGAAUGGACAUGACGGACGACGGCAAGAAGCAGCAUGACUUAAACAGUGCCGCCUCCCUCACAGAUGACUCUAAACAUGCUCGGGCACCAGUAACUGUGCCCGUCACCCUCUCAGAGUGCCAGUUGGUGACCCUAGCAGCUGCAUCCCAGUCUCCAGGUGCCAUCCAGCAGCUGUUGGACUCUGGUCUGCCUUCUCUGCUUGUUCGCAGCUUAGCCGACCUUUGCUGCAACCUGUUGGUAAGUGCAGACCUUCCCUUGCCUGCAGGAUUCUCCACACAGGCAGAGAGACGCCCGUACUCGCACAACCAACCCUCAUCAUCCUCGACAAACAGGCCACCACUGUCUCCUGAGCUGGCAGCGCCCGUAUUGCGGUUUCUAACAGAAGUAGGAAACAGUCACACCAUGAAGGACUGGUUGGGUGGGCCAGAAGUGAACCCACUCUGGACGGCACUGUUGUUUCUCCUGUGCCACUCUAGUGCCAGUGGGGCUGCUAAUGCCAAUGCAAACAAUAGCAGCAGCAGUAUUUCUGGGCACGGUGCAUCACCCAGCACGUCACACGCCAGCGCCGCACCUCACACCUCAGGGGCGUCUUAUUCACUGGCAUCAACGAGCCGCAGCAGUGGACUCACCACUCAGCAAAGGACAGCCAUUGAGAAUGCAACAGUGGCUUUCUUCCUGCAAAGCAUCUCCUGCCAUCCAAACAACCAGAGGCUCAUGGCACAGGUGCUGUGUGAGCUGUUUCAGUCAGCUCCUCAGCGAGGGAACGUUCCGGUCUCAGGGAACAUCUCUGGAUUUAUACGUCGGCUCUUCCUACAACUCAUGCUUGAAGACGAGAAAGUUACUGUCUUCCUUCAGUCUCCCUGUCCGCUGUAUAAAGGGCGCAUUAAUGCCACCAGUCAUGUGAUCCAGCACCCCAUGUACGGCGCAGGGCACAAGUUCCGCAAACUGCAUCUGCCCAUCUCAACCACACUGUCUGAAGUAUUGGACCGUGUCUCAGACACGCCCAGCAUCACGGCAAAACUGAUCAAUGAACAGAAGGAGGAUAAAGAGAAGAAAAACCAUGAGGAAAAAGAAAAGAUGAAGGCCGAUAAUGGUUUCCAAGAUAACUACAGUGUUGUUGUUGCCUCAGGUCUGAAGUCUCAGUCAAAGAGGGCCUUGUCCACUCCUCCCCGUCCCCCAUCCCGACGAGGGCGUGUCCUCAGUGACAAGCUGGCAGCUUCCUCAGGAGUUGAUCCGUCUGCCAAAACCAUCAGCGUGCCUGUCUUCCACCUCUGUCACAAACUACUGCCGGGUCAGCCAUUGCCGCCGGAGAUGACCUUGGCCCAGCUGCUGACACUGCUGUAUGAGCGCAAACUUCCUCAGGGAUACCGCUCCAUUGACCUGACGGUCAAACUGGGGUCAAAGGUCAUCUCAGACCCUGGCCUCUCCAAGACUGAUUCCUUCAAAAGACUCCGUACUGAGAAAGAUCACUGUGAGAUGCUAAGCGGCUGUCCAGACGAUGAGCCAAUGACCCCGGGUGACGAAGGUUUGGAUGCUGCAGUAGAUGACACCCUCCUGGAGACCAGCCCUAUCCAGUCCCCCUUGCAGGUUUUUGCAGGAAUGGGCGGCUUGGCGCUCAUCGCAGAGAGACUUCCCAUGCUGUACCCCGACGUUAUCCAGCAGGUCAGUGCCCCAGUGGUGUCAUCCACCACACAGGAGAAGCCAAAGGACAGCGAUCAGUUUGAGUGGGUCACCAUAGAGCAGUCCGGGGAGCUCGUUUACGAGGCACCCGAGACCAUCGCAGCCGAGCCUCCGCCCAUCAAAUCCUCCGUUCAGACCAUGUCGCCCAUCCCUGCCCAUUCACUGGCGGCAUUUGGCCUGUUUCUGCGGCUGCCAGGAUAUGCUGAGGUUCUACUGAAAGAGAGGAAGCACGCGCAGUGUCUGCUCAGACUAGUGCUGGGUGUCACAGAUGAUGGAGAAGGAAGUCACAUCCUGCAGUCUCCCUCUGCUAACGUUCUACCCACGUUGCCCUUCCACGUGCUCCGGUCCUUGUUCAGCUCGACUCCCCUCACUACGGAUGACGGGCUGCUGUUGAGGCGUAUGGCUCUUGAGAUCGGUGCCAUCCACCUCAUCCUGGCCUGCCUAUCUGCCCUCAGUCAUCAUGCUCCCAGAGUGCCCAGCGGCAGUGCCAACUCCAGUGAGCCGCAGGUCUCCAGCGGGCAUGUCGGUGGUACCACAGAGGAACAGCAGCUGUACUGGGCCAAAGGAACAGGCUUUGGGACAGGCUCCACUGCGUCAGGCUGGGAUGUCGAGCAGGCUCUGACCAAACAACGUCUGGAGGAGGAACACGUUACCUGCCUCUUACAGGUUUUGGCGAGCUAUAUCAACCCAUCAGGCUGCAUAGGAUCUGGUGAGACCCUCUCAGGAGAGGUCAGAGGUCACAGCAGCUCACUGUUGCCAUCUGUCCUGCAGGAACUGCUCAGCCAGUCCUGUCUCAUCCCUGCCAUGUCUUCAUACUUACGCAAUGACUCAGUUUUGGACAUGGCGCGUCACGUGCCCCUGUAUCGUGCUCUGUUGGAGCUGCUGAGGGCCAUCUCCACCUGCACCAGCCUGGUUCCUCUGCUCUUGCCGCUAUCAGGAGACGCUGCAGAGGAAGAAGAGGAUGAAGAACACACUGAGUGUCAGACGUCUGUUGGCAUGUUACUGGCCAAGAUGAAGACAUGUGUGGACACCUACACCAACCGCCUCAGGUCAAAGAAAGACAAAAGUAAAGGGGUGAUGAAGACAGAGACAUCUGAUCCUGAGCCAGAAGGCCUCACCCUGCUAGUUCCUGACAUCCAGAAGACUGCAGAGAUUGUUUAUGCUGCCACCACCAACCUACGACAGGCCAACCACGAGAGGAAGUUGGCUGAAAGCUCUAAGAAGGCAGCAGCAAGGCCCAAACCGCUGUCCAUCUUGCGCUCAAUGGAGGAGAAAUAUACAGCAGCCAUGAAGAAACUACAGUUUGACACGUUUGAGAUGGUGUGUGAGGAUGAGGACUCUAAGCUGGUGUUUAAGGUGAACUACCAUUACCUGUCUCAGGUGAAGAACGCCAGCGACGCCAACAGUGCCGCUCGUGCUCGACGAUUAGCACAGGAGGCCGUCACGCUCUCCACCUCCCUCCCUCUCUCCUCAUCCUCCAGCGUGUUCGUUCGCUGCGAUGAAGAGCGUCUCGACAUCAUGAAGGUGUUGAUAACAGGGCCUGCAGACACACCAUAUGCCAAUGGCUGUUUCGAAUUUGACGUCUAUCUCUGCUCCUCUCUCUCCUCAAACUCGUGCUCAUUGUGUUUUUGUGCACUAACCGUGUGUGUGUGUGUGUGUGUGUGUGUAUGUGUGCAGGUGAUCCAUCGGCACUUCUAUCUGAAGCGAGUGGAGAUCAUGGCCCAGUGCGAGGGCUGGAUCUGUGAUAUUCAGCAGUACAGCAGCGAUAAGAGAGUCGGACGAACCAUGUCUCAUCACGCAGCUGCACUAAAGAGGCACACGGCUCAGCUCAGAGAAGAGUUGUUGAAGCUUCCCUGUCCUGAAGGCCUGGAGCCGGACGGGGAGGAGUUUUCCGAGAAAAGCACCUCGCUGAUGGUGAAAGAGCUGCCAGGUCAGGACGCAGAGAAGCAGACGGACAGCCCGGAUGCCCACUGUAGCGAUGGCCAGCUAUGAUCCCCUGUCCCCCUGAAGCCCCGCCCACCGCCUUUGACUAUCCAUUGAUAUUGAAAAAAGACUGGAUGGCUUUGGUGAUUAAGCCAUUUUUUUGUCAAUAUUUGUAUGUAAGAAUCUAAUUAUGUAAUAGCAUAAAAAGAGAGGACAGUCAAAGCAAAGAAAAUACAAGGAAAUUAAUCCGCUUACACCCACCAACACAAGACGAACCGCUGAACUCUAUGCUCCGCCCUGAAGAAAACAAAGAAAAGAAAAGAUCCUUUUAUUUACUUGUAAAAGAGUAUCAUUUUUUUGUGCUUUUUUUCCUUUAUUUUCCCAAAUUGUUCAAUAACCACUGAUUGAUAUGUUAUUAAACUUGUUUAUGUAAACAAAAUGAAAGAUAAAAUCACAGUAUAUAUAAGGGAACUGCCUUUAGUGGAGAAUGUUUACCAAAUGUUAAUUUCUCUCUUUUUUUUCUUUUCUUUUCUUUUGGACUGUUAGUGCAAGGACAGUUUGUAAGUGAGAAUAUACUGGUCAUUCUUUAAGCGAACUAUUUAAAAGAAGAACGUAACGAACACGCGCCCCAUACACACUCUUGAGUCCCCCCGAUCCUCUGGUGACCCUCUGACAGUGCUUUUGGUUUCUACAGAUUUAUGUACACUUCAAUAAUAAAGCCUGAAACGGACGUUCAGAAGUGCUCUGAUGACUGGAUGCUCUCUUUCAGGCUGAUCAAUAGCACGUUUUGUUUUUGCCCUCUCUCUGCUUUUAAGUGCAAGUUUAAUAAAUGCAACCUGUUUUACUUUG